UCCCUCUCAAUCAGCUGCACCUUCUUCCCAUCCCUCACUAACACAAGGCGCCGAAGCGCCAGAGGCCGCGAGAGCGGGGCGGAGCCACCAGCUCACGAUGUCCAAUGAGAACGUAAGAACAGUGCUUGGGGCGGGACCUGGUGCUCUUUCAAAAGCCGGUUACAGGAAGAUGGCGUCUCGGCCGCGGCGGCACCCCUCGAGACAUGCAAAGCUGCCGCGGGGUAACUUUGGUGAUGACGUUAAGAAGGCUACUGACGAACCUUCCUUUGCGACUUCUAUGGAGUGGGACACGCAGGUGGUGAAGGGGUCCUCGCCGCUAGGCCCCGCGGGCCUGGGGGCAGAGGAGCUGUCGUCCGGCCUGCAGCUGCCGUGGUGGCUGCAGCCCGACAGGUGCGCCGUGUUCCAGUGCGCUCAGUGCCACGCCGUGCUCGCUGACUCCGUGCACCUCGCCUGGGACCUCUCCCGGUCCCUCGCAGCCGUGGUCUUCUCCAGAGUCACAAAUAACGUGGUUUGGGAAGCUCCCUUGCUAUUUGGCAUUGAAGGGUCGCUCAAAGGCAGCACUUACAACCUUCUAUUCUGUAGUUCCUGUGGUGUUUCUAUUGGUUUUCAUCUGUAUUCUACCCAUGCUGCCCUGGCUGCCUUGAGAGGUCACUUCUGCCUUUCCAGUGACAAAAUGGUAUGCUAUCUCUUAAAAACAAAAGCCAUAGUAAAUGCAUCUGAGAUGGAUAUUCACAGCAUGCCUCUACCAGAAAAGGUUGCAGAGCUGAAAGAGAAGAUAAUGUUAAUGCAUACUCGCUUAAAUUCACUGAUGAAGAUUCUGAAGGAAGCAACCCCUGACCAGUCCAAGCCAGACAACUGAUCCAGAACCAAAGCCUGAGUGUCAGAAUGAGGCCUUAUUGGUAUCUUGAACAGGUGCUGUUUGACCGUUUCUUGAGAAAGAUCAGCUUCAAGAAUGGAUGGGAAAUGUGGUUUAUUGUGAUUACCUCUAGGCUGAUUUUCUAGAUGAUUUGUGAAGCUGUUUCUAGAAGAUGAGAAACUAAGGAUUCUGUCCAGGUCUCAUAGCUAUUUGCCUUAAAAACCUAUUUGCAAAUUUAGGGAUUAAGAGGCAGUGUUCCAUGAGUGGUCUGAUCUAAAGAUGCAUGGUUGGUCUGGAAAUAGUUUUACACUUAAUGUUGACUACUAUUAUUCCUACAUGGAGCAGUUAUUAUAUGAAUACUGAGAAGCUAUUUUUUUCUUAUGUAAAAUAUAGUUACAUACAUGUUUUGUAGGUAAUAUCCAAUAAGUUGACUGGAUAAUAUACAGUUGAACUUUUUCUUUUCAGUUGUAAACUGA